AACCCCACCUCCUAAAAAUCAAUAUAAAUACUGACAGUAUCUGUCAUUUGUUUCAAAAACUGCAAGAGGUUGUUUAAAUCAUUGUAUUUGGAAUCGUCACAAUCUCCGUUUGGAAAAUCUGAACACAUUGCGAAAACACAAAAAAAUGGGGAAACCUGCCCCAUUAUAUGUGUUAGCAGCACUGCUGUCUCUUCUUGCCAGUAAAGUGACUGACGCACAAGUUCCUGCUAAUUUCCUGCCAUAUGGGUAUGGAGACAUAGUGAACCCAAGUUCAGAUGAUGGAAGCUCUGAAGCCAUUUUCUUGCAGCAGCCUUUCAAAUACUUUGGACGCACAUACAAUCAGAUCUACGUGAACAACAACGGUCACCUGACCUUUACUCAACCACUGUCUGCCUACGUUCCUUAUCUGAACGCUGGAAUAGACAUCAUUGCUCCUCUGUGGACCGACCUUAACAAUUUCAACGGUGGAACUAUCUCCUACAGAGAGGAUACAAGUAGCGCUGUACUGGCACAAGUCACUCAAGCUGUUAACCAAUAUUUCCCUAACGUCCCUUUACCCGCUACAUCAGCCUUUGUGGCUACCUGGGACAGUGUGCCGUACAUCACUGGUGGAGGGGUGGUUACUUUCCAAGUGGUUUUAGUCUCCAAUGGUGACCGCUCUUUCAUCCUGAUCAACUAUGGUGACAUUGCACAAACAGGUCAAGUUUGGCUGGCUGGUUAUGACACAGUGGACUCUGUCAAUUCUUUCACAAUUCCAGCAGCCAGUGCCCCAGAACUCUCAUACAGCAGUAAUAUCAAUGUGAAUGGUCGCUGGUCUUUCCGUGUUGAUGGUUCACAAAACUUGCCGGCUAAUUUCCUGCCAUUUGGGGAUGGAGACGUGGUAAAUCCCAUUUCAGAUGAUGGAAGCUCUGAAGCCAUUUACUUGCAGCAGCCUUUCAAAUACUUUGGACGCACAUACAAUCAGAUCUACGUGAACAACAACGGUCACCUGACUUUUACUCAACCACUGUCUGCCUACGUUUCUUAUCCGAACGCUGGAAUAGACAUCAUUGCUCCUCUGUGGACCGACCUUAACAAUUUCAACGGUGGAACUAUCUCCUACAGAGAGGAUACAAGUAGCGCUGUACUGGCACAAGUCACUCAAGCUGUUAACCAAUAUUUCCCUAACGUCCCUUUUACCGCUACAUCAGCCUUUGUGGCUACCUGGGACAGUGUGCCGUACAUCACUGGUGGAGGGGUGGUUACUUUCCAAGUGGUUUUAGUCUCCAAUGGUGACCGCUCUUUCAUCCUGAUCAACUAUGGUGACAUUGCACAAACAGGUCAAGUUUGGCUGGCUGGUUAUGACACAGUGGACUCUGUCAAUUCUUUUACAAUUCCAGCAGCCAGUGCCCCAGAACUCUCAUCCAGCAGUAAUAUCAAUGUGAAUGGUCGCUGGUCUUUCCGUGUUGAUGGUUCACUAAACUUGCCGGCUAAUUUCCUGCCAUUUGGGGAUGGAGACGUGGUAAAUCCCAUUUCAGAUGAUUGGAAGCUCUGA